GUCUCCACCAGUCAGAGCCUCCACCUCCUCCACCUCCUCCUGCUCCUUCUGCUCACUCCGUGUCUCUAUCCAUCAGCAGCGGUCUGGAUGCUCGCAGGGGCAGAAACAUGGCUGUGAAUCUCGGCAACAACAGACUGGACCUGCUGACCGCCUACCAGGACGUCAUCGACGAGACCUCGGACACCAACUGGGCCUUGUACACAUAUGAGGACGACAGCAAUGAUUUGAAACUGGCAUCAUCGGGAGGAGGCGGUCUGGCGGAGAUCACGCUGUCCUUCGACGCCGCCCGGGUGAUGUACGGCUUCUGCAGCCUGAAGGAGCCCACCGCCACGCUGCCACGGUACAUCCUCAUCAACUGGGUCGGGGAAGACGUGCCGGAUGCCAGGAAGUGUGCGUGUGCCAGCCACGUGGCAUCGAUCGCAGACUUCUUACAGGUCAGACCAACCAUGGGGGUGGAGGUCACCGUCAACGCCAGCAGCCUGGACGACAUCGACCCGUCAGCCAUCGGGCAGCGGCUGACCAACGGGACGGUGGCGGUGGCGAGUCCGGUCCUGAGCCGCCUGAGGACCCGAGAGGAGGAGCACGCCGACGUGGGCACAGUGUACGAGAAGACCAACGCAGAGGUGGAGAUGAAGAAAAUCAAUAGAGAGGAGUUUUGGGAGCAGGCUAAGCGCGAAGAGGAGGUGAGGAAGGAGGAGGAGAAGAAGAAGGCGGCGGAGGAGCGGCAGCGCUUCGAGGAGGAGCGGAUGGAGCUGGAGAGGAAGGAGCAGGAGAGCCGAGAGCAGAGGUACCGCGACCGGGAGCGGCAGAUCGAGGAGCACAGGAAGAAGCUGCUGGAGGAGGAAGAAGCCAAAGAGAGGUUGCGCAGCCAGACCACCAUGGCGGCCGAGGCGAGCAUCGACGACCUGAACCUGGACAAGAAGGAGACCGAAGUGGACGAGGCGAAGGCCAUCAUCGCCCAGCGCUCCGGAAACCCUCGAGAGUUCUUCAAGCUGAAGGAGAGAGCCAUGACCAUCUGCGUGGACACCUCGCCCGUCUCCGUCCACAGGACCGGGGAUGAUGGCGACGACGUUGACGACGGCGAUGAAGCAAGCACAGAGCGCAUCAUGGCCGCCGCGUCGCCCGUUCCUAAAUUAGUCACCCCGUCCAUCAAGGAGGACCUGUGCCUGGAGGAGCAGCAGCAGCAGGAGGAGGAGAAGGAGGAGAAGGAGGAGGACCUAAGAGACGAGUGGGAUUCGGCGCCGAAGGAACAGCCGAAGCCGCCGGAGUCGGCCCCCACCAAGCCCGUGCAGAGCGUGGCGCCGCAGGCCCGCGACUCCUCCGGCUUCUCCGUGUGGGAGUCCGGGCAGGACAGCCUGGUGGACCUGUGGGACACCGGCGCCGACCCUCCCCCCGACCACGGCCGGACCUCCCAGACCUCCCAGUCCUCCGACCUGGUGGACCUGAUGGGGGACGUCGGCGUUCCACCCGCCGCCGCCAAGCCUCAGCCCCUCCUCAGCUUCGACGACAUGGUGGACGGGACCUUCUGCUCCGCCUCCGCCUCCUCCGCCGCCGCCGCCACCGUCGCCGCCGCCGAAGACGACCCCGCCAGCCUCGUGGACGUGAUGGACUCCGACCAGAUGACCCUGAGCUACCAGCAUGCACUGCAGCACGCAUCCGGGGACAAGAAGGAGCUGGAGGACGGACAGCGGCUGAUGACCAACGGGGAGACGCUGCUGAAAGAAGGGACUCAGGCGAGCGAGGGCUACUUCAGCCAAUCCCAGGAGGAAGAAUUCGGCCAAUCAGAGGAGACCUCAGCCAAACCUGCGCCUGUCUUUUAUAACAAGCCACCAGAGAUUGACAUUACAUGCUGGGACACGGACCCCGUGGUCGAUGACGACGAUGACUAACCGGCCAAUCAGACGCCGCCACAGGACCAGGAGGAAGUAGGAAGUGCGCUUCAUGAAGAAACUGAUUUUUUUUUUUUUUUCUUCCUUUUUUUUUUCUAAAAAACAAAAACACAAAAACCUAAAAAAAAUGUAAUAAUAAUAAUAAUAACAAAUCUUGCAUCAAAAGUACUUCUGUGUUUAUGUUUUAGAGGAAAACAAAACAGUAGCCAAAAGAGAAAAAAAGAAAGGGUUUAAGUUAUCGGUAAAGAUGGUUUGAAGGUUCACAGUUUAGGGGCUUUUUCCUGUAUUUGUUAUUUUAUUUAUUUCUUUUUUCUUUUGCUAUGCACAUGUAAUAGUUUUUUUUUGUGUGUAAAUGAUUAAUUACACAUUAACGUAGCGCACUGCUGCAUAUUAGAGACGUUGAAGGCCAGUUCUGUAGUGCUUUAAUAACACCCGGUUAAAACCACCGCAGUGGGUCAUUACAGCCGCCACCUAUAUCUCCACCUCAUUCCUCUCUCACCUGUUCGUCACCUCCUUCCUCCAUGCUGCCUUCCUCACACGAAUAUCCAGAAAUAGUCACCCGUGCAAGUCAGUUAAUCUUGUAUUUAGCCCUCACUUUAUUGGAGAAGGGUGAAACAUUUUAUUUAUUGUGGUGUGAACAGCUGAUGGGACCCUGAAGGAAUCUAUUCAGCUAAACUGUGGCUCCGCUUCCUCCUUUUUCUCUUUUUUUUUUUUUUUUUUUGCGCUCCUUUUGUAUGAUUUUAAAGACUGAAUUCAAGAUUAAAUGGCUUGUAAAUCUGGUUGCUUUUUUCAGUGCACUUAUAUUUCUGUUUCUGCCUCCUUGUGGAUCGACUGCAGUUUUUCGAUCAAACCCUCCGCUCCGGUUCUGUAGAAUCAUUUUUAUCCCACUUAUAUAUUCACACAGCAAAAGAAAGAAAGCUCUUCAUCUAAUCUAAGGUGAAUAAACUGUAGAUAUUUUCCUGUACUUUUGUAGGAGAGUUUGGCUUUAAUAUAACAAACAUGAAGCCACGUUUAGCGCGUUAAUCUCGUACGAUUCUUCUGAACUUCCUUCCGAGGCUUAAAAUAAGACAUUCUCACCGGGCCCUUUCGUAAUGUGGGCGAUUUUGGACCUUAAUGAGCCCGACAUUUUCCUUAUUUUUCAAAAAAAAUAAGGCCUUAUCGUUGCACUGGGAUGACAGAGGGAGGGUGGGAUGAAAACAGCUGGAUGCAAACUUAGGCCAAAGGGGAUUUACACAAAAAAAAACAAAGAUUCAUGUACACAAGAGCAUCUACACUCGGCAUCUUGUGACGUUUUAUUGGGUGGAUGUAUGAAGGAGAUGAAAAGAAGCUGAAGUGCCAGAAGAGAAGCCUGUGAAAAAACAAAAUGAUAAUAAUAAUAAAUUGCUCGGCCGACCUCUCUGGCUUGGUAUUGUGCUUCAAAGUUUGAAGAUUAUAAAUCAGCUGAUGAUUCUUCCUCUCUGACCCACGUCUGCCGCUCGCUGCUUUUGUUCUGUGCCCUUUAAGUACCAUAUGGAUUUUUAUUUUUAUUGAUGCAAUAUGUAGUUGCCCUGGAAACUGGAGCGAGAGGUUGGAUGGGUGGGACGGGAGGAGGUAUGCGUGCAUUUCAAUA